AUGAUAUCGGGGCCGCGUGCUGUUCGCAGCCGUCUGACGGGAGGACUGCUCCUGGGAGGGACCCUUCUCGCCAUUCUCUCCUACACAGCGCUGCGACGCCCCGCGUCUAGGAUGGACGAGUACUGGCACCUCGGCUCCUGUCCAGCACACAGCGGCGACGUCGUGACUGACUUUGAACCCAAAAAGUACGAUGGGCACUGGUUUGCCGCCUACCUCAACCGCCCCGACCCGCUGUCGCGCUGCAUCGAUUCUGAAAUCACCCUCAAGGCGGGCACAAUCGAUUUCCUCGGCAUAUGUUCCUCCCAAGCGCAUGCUCCGACCACGCUCUCGCAUCAAGCGCAGGUGUAUAGCGGCGUGCAAAAGGUCCGCGUCUUGACUGGCGAGCUCUCGACACGCAAGUUCCGAACCGGGUACCUCGACUACGCCGUGGACACAUCCGUCGGCAAGCUCAUUGGCGUCGAAAACUAUGACCCGAAGACUUGGUUCACCGACAUGCCUGGAGCACCGUACGAGAUCCUGGCCACCGACUACACGUCGUAUGCGGUCGUCUAUAACUGCUACUACAACACGAUGAUGUCAUGGCCCAGCAUGUACUCGCACCAUGACGAAGGGGGCCUGCCAAAGAUUCUCGCCAAGGCCAAGGAGGUGAUGGAGGAGCAGGGCUUGGAUUGGGACAAGCUGGAGAUGCAGUUCAUGCCACAGGGCAGCGAGAAUGGCUGCAAGUAUGAUGCGGGCGUUACUAUUGGUCUCGGCAUGAGCGGCAUCAUGGGUCGAAUGCCGACCGGCUUGUGGGCACGAGAUUUGCCGACGGCUGCAGCACGAGAUUUACCGACGGCUGCAGCGCCAGCAGCCGAGGAAGAGGCGAGUGAGGAGCCGCUCGACCCCCUGACGAAGUCAAGCGAGUGGGCCGUUUCCAUCAUGGGCUAUUUGAAAGGUUUCGUCGGCUAA